GCGGUUGCCCAGGCUGCCGGCCCUUUCUGGGGCUGCGCCCUGCAGGAAUACGGGCCUCCUAGCGGGUCACCUGGACACGCACCGCCGGCGGGCGCACACGCGCACAGCCACACGCGCGCACGCCCAGACGCAUUCAUGCCCUCGCCGGAGACGCACUCGCUGCUUCUGCACCCGCUCCCUGUCCGCCCACACUGGAGCUGGUGCCGCACACUCGGUCCGACAGCCAUGUGGGCCGCAAGCCGUGGGCUUCCUGCUCAGUGUCAGCGGGUGCCAGCUGAAAGAGGAGCGUGUGCUGCCUCUGGAACUCAGCUCUCCUAGAAGCUCACAGCAAGCAGCCUCGGCAGCAAACGGGGUCCACUCUUCGAUACUAAGGGCUUCUUAGUCUACCACAUGCUCAACCAUGGAAAGAGAAGCUUUUGGUGCCGACUCCUUACUGAAGUGGUGGCCUUCUGCUUGAUUUUCAUGCUUGCGUUUUCCUUUUCUUUAGAAAACAUGGAAGCCUCAUCUCUUAGAACAGGUUGCUCAGUCUGCACGAGGCAAAGCAGUUCUGGAGGUUUCAUGGCUUCCUCAGGUGGCUAGUAAUGACUUUAUACAAAAUAGUGUUGCUGUCAGGGCUCACAGAAGAAUAGAUUUAACACAGGACACAGACUUUAUAGAACCAUUUUAUAAUAUUUAUCCAUAAAGUCAAAUGCAGAAGAGUGCAAAUGAUCUCUCCAGCACUAGACUCAAAUAACCCAGCUGGGGGCUUGGAUCCCAAAGCAAUGUCCUGCACAAGUCCCGCUGAAGACCAUGAGUCUGUGGCAAUGCUCCCCAUGAGCCCAGCUGGAGGCCUAGAGCUCACAGCAACGUCUCAUGCAAGUCUGUACCAAGGAUCUGCGCCGGAAAGGCCCAAAGGUCAGUGAUGGAAGCUAGAAAGUCUGCAUCAGUGGGGUGAAGGCUCUGUGCUAGCAGCUGAGGGAUCUGCACUGGAGUUAGGAAGAGAUGCUCAAGGUUAGGACCAGAGCUUCCCUGAAAAGAACCAUGGCAGCCAUCCUCAGCGACAGCCAGGUCCUGAGCUCCUCCAAUGGGAACAACUGAGUUCAUAUCAGGAGCCAGAGUGACACUCUUCUUCAGGAGAGUCAACAGUGCACUGUCUUCCCUGCAGUUCUCUUCUUAUGCUGUUGAUAACAGUCCUCAAGUGAGCCCUCCUGAUGCAGCACUGAGCUGAGUCAGUGCAGCUAGGUGUCCGAGUUGCCCAGUAGCUCAUCCACCACAAGCAAGCCUGGAGAAGGCUGAAUCUGUUAACUCAAACAGGACUCUUUUAAAUGCAGUUUUCUUCUUGUUGGCAGUCCUAGAGUCUUCUGCUCUCUCACCAUUGGUCUUCCCUCCUUUCUAAAGCAGCUCUCUUCUGAGGUUUGUGACUGAGAUGAGUGCAUAAUGCAAGGGAAAGGCACAGACCGAAGUGGUAAAUAAAAUGAUGAGUGGCCACGCAUGGACUAGACUCAGUGUCCAAGUCUGACUUCAAGCCCCCACCAGGAGCAGCUGGGCAUCACUCUCUUGCCACUACAAAGCCUCCAACCAGAUACAGCUUAAUUGUCAUGAGCUGCUCACUGAGAUGACUUUGAUGUGAGCAUGCAUAAUUGAUUCAUUAUGGUUUCUGUGCAAUCAAACCUCUUUGCUAGUGUUUAUCUGUGUUUGAAGCUGCUCCCCUGCACUAGCAUCACUACCUCAACUCCACGUCAGAUCAUCAGGGAUUAGAUUUUCACAGGGAAGCACAACCCAGAUCCUUCUCAUGUGCAGUCCACUGUAAGGCAUGAGCUCCUGUUGGGAGCCGCUGAGGCCUGUAGGAAAGAGCGAAGGAGCUAAAUUACCCCUCCCAUCGAGUGAGCCAAGUUGGCGCCUGCUUCCUGCCCCCUGAUUGCCCUGGCGACUUAAACAGCCCGCGCAAUAGAUUGGUCUACCUAGCAACCAAUGACGAUGACCAAUCAGCUUGCAUUGCUUGCUGUUGCCCUAUUGGAUGAUGAGUCCAUAUAUAUAUGUAUGUGACCCUCCCUGCGGGAGGAGAUAGAGAGAUAGAGAAAGUCCACCGGCGAGAAAGGGCUGGUGGCAGAACAGAGGCCUCGCGGGGCCCACGCGGAGACAAAUAAAGACAAGGUUGCACACCGUCAGAAUCUGUCGUGUGUUUUUCCUGCCGGCCGGGAGCGACACCGACAUCUGGUGGCCCGUACGGGGAUCUGAUCACUCCCCUCGGUGGUGUGCAACGCUCCAGCGUGGUGCUGCCGGACAGGUGAGUAGGGGAUAAGCCUGGGCUCUGGGUGGUGCGCACCUACAGGGCUUUUAGACUCCCCUCAGGCUCACGCGUAGGUGACGGGUUCUCUAAGUCACACGCGAUGAGUUACAGCCCUUAGAGGUUAAAGAUGGGUAAUUUACCGAGCGCGGAGGCGCGGCCCUUGGUAAAGGCCCUUAGAAAGCUUUUAAAAGCUAGAGACCUCAGGGUAGGUCAAAAAACACUGGAACUAUUCAUAGCAGAGAUAGAUAGGGUGGCUCCCUGGUUUUUACCCACAGGGCAUUUAAACCUGCCGUCACGGGAGAAGUUAGGCGGGGACCUCGCCUCGGCGGAAUUGGGAGGCGAUAUUUCGCCGGCUAUUCGCCCCCUGUGGGAAAUGAUACAUGCGUGCCUUGAAGGGGAGGGGAAGGGGUUCCCGUCGGCAGUUAGAGACGCGGAAAUCAUGGACGCACGCAAGGCUUUUGAGCAGGCAAAAUCGGAAUGCUCUCGGGAGGGAUCUGUCCAGGGGGAGAAAAUCCAGGGAAAGAUAGAGGACACCCAAGCUCUGGAGUCCUCCGACUCAGAUAGCGAGGAGGAACCAGAAGGUGGGGCAGGAAGCCGAGAGGCCCGGAACCCCUAUGCCGAGUUACGCCGCAAAUUGUGUGCGUGCGCCGCUCGAAAAAAGCAGAGAGAGGAGAAAGGACCCCCGAGUGCCCCCUGGCGGGGAGGAGAUAGAGAGCCAUCCGCUCCGCCCUGGAGUUCUUUUCCAGAAGCGGUUCCCCGUCGAGAGGCCGCUACAGGGGACCCUCCCUUCUCUCAGCCGGCGCAGGAAGUGACGCCCCGUUCCACUCUGUCGCGACCGCCAUCCUAUGACGUCGCGCCGCGGGGCGGACGAUAUUUUCAUGGGCGGUUAUGGAGGGGUGAACGAUGGCCCGGAGGGGAUCGAUCGAUGCAAAAAAUAGAUUACGGCCCUUAUGGAGUAUAUCCUGUGCAAAUGGCCCCAGGCCAAGGGCGCAAUGUUUGGGAACCGUUUGAAAUAAAACAGAUUAGAGAAUUAAAAAGCGCUGUCACGACCUUCGGGCCCACAGCACCCUAUACCAUAGCUAUGCUAAAAAACUUGUCUUCUGGGCCGCUCACCCCAGCGGACUGGACCCAGUUGGCAAAAGCAUGUCUACCCUCAGGCAGCUACUUAGACUGGCGAGCAUGGUACGCAGAGUUCUCUGCCGAGCAGGCUAAGAGAAAUGCCGGUCGAGGAAACAGGGGCUGGAGAUUUAGCUUAGCGGCACAAGCGCCUGCCUUGUAAGCAGGCAAUCGCGAGUUCGAUCCCUGGUACCGAUAAAAAAAAAAAAUAAAAUAAAAAUAAAAAAAAAAUAAAAAAUAAAAAAUAAAAAACAAAAAGGGGGAGUAAGCCAAGGCCUGCCUCCAAAGGCGCGGUUAUCUAUGGCAUUACAAUGGAUGGGCCCGGAUCCGGUGGUUAGCUGGAACCGAGGCGCGGUUUGUGUUUUUCCGCAGGAACCGGGACGAGAACCACUGUGGGUCCCAGAGAGGCUGACACAUGCGACAAGUCCCUCGACUGAAGAUCAGGCCUGUUCCACCAGAGGCCAACCGCAGACCCAACAACAAGAUGAGCCCUAAAAGAACUGCAGGACAAUCCCUUUUUGGGGGCCUGGAACGGCUUGCUCCCCUAUAUUUUACCAUUGUUAGGUCCCCUGUGCUCCUUGCUUCUGCUCUUACUUGUAGGACCAUUCUUGCUCCGAUGGGUUACAUCAUUUAUUAAUGGGCGCCUUGCGGCGGCCCGGCGUCAAGUACGCCUGGUUGCCCAUGCGGCCCUGGCAGCAGCCCGUGAUGGGCACAAUGACCCCCAGGCCUACGCAUGGCUCGCUCGACUGGCCUACGACUGGGUCUAGAUGUGGCGGGUCUUCCACACUCCUUCCCUAUUGACACCACACAGCAGGGUAGGUGAGUCAACGACAGGUAAGAGCGUGCCUCCCCAGCACGACGCGACCUAAGCCAGGCCCUACCCCAUACUGCACGAAAGCCGCUGGAUUACUAGAAUCUGCCCAGAUCUAGAUGCCUCUCCGAGGGGAUCACACGGAGGGGCAUGAGUGCAUGCCUAUGUGCAUCCAGGUUCCGUCCAGUUCACUCCUGGCCCUAAAAAAAAGGACGAGGGUCUCAAGGCCUUGGUGGACCCGGGGACGGCCGACCAGGGUCCAAGCCAAGGGCCUACGGUGGGCCUCAACACAGGGCAUAAGCCUCUGCACUCGAUCCAGGGCAGGCUGCGAUGCAUACAUUCAUUCAAAAUAAAUAAAAUAGGGGGAGAUGUUGGGAGCCGCUGAGGCCUGUAGGAAAGAGCGAAGCCUGAGCUAAAUUACCCCUCCCAUCGAGUGAGCCAAGUUGGCGCCUGCUUCCUGCCCCCUGAUUGCCCUGGCGACUUAAACAGCCCGCGCAAUAGAUUGGUCUACCUAGCAACCAAUGACGAUGACCAAUCAGCUUGCAUUGCUUGCUGUUGCCCUAUUGGAUGAUGAGUCCAUAUAUAUAUGUAUGUGACCCUCCCUGCGGGAGGAGAUAGAGAGAUAGAGAAAGUCCACCGGCGAGAAAGGGCUGGUGGCAGAACAGAGGCCUCGCGGGGCCCACGCGGAGACAAAUAAAGACAAGGUUGCACACCGUCAGAA